AUGGAUGAAAAGAAACCAAUUCCAACGCCUGCCGGGAGCAAUGCAACGGCCACAGUAUCAUCUGCAACGGAACAGGACGAAAACGAAAAGCGUGUUGGAUGUGCACACUACAAGCGACGGGCAAAAUUUGUGACACCUUGCUGUAACAAAUUCUACAUGUGCCGAUACUGCCACGACGAGAACGAGACUCAUUUCUUCAACCGAAAAACGGUGACGGAGUUGAUCUGCACUGAAUGUGACACCCGGCAGCGUGUGCAGGCCGAGUGUGAAAAGUGUGGCGUACGAUUCGGACGGUACACUUGCCUGGUGUGUAAUCUAUUUGACGACGAGGACCGUAAUCAGUAUCACUGUGAUGGAUGCGGAAUUUGCCGCGUUGGAGGCCGAGGACGAUUCUUUCAUUGCGAAGUUUGCAAUAUGUGUUUACCACUCCAGUUAAAGUACGACGGGCAUAGGUGUGUGGAGAAUGUGUCCCGAUCGAACUGUCCCGUGUGUCUGGAUGAUAUUCACACGUCGCGUAUUCCAUGUCACAUUCCCGACUGUGGACAUUUACUACAUCGGACAUGCUUCGAAGAAUUGCUUUCGUCCGGUCAUUAUGCUUGCCCUACCUGCCAGACGUCGAUGAUGGAUAUGAACCAGCUGUGGGAGUAUCUGGAUGCGGAAGUAGCCGCCACACCCAUGCCAAAGGAAUACGCAAACUAUUACGUUGACAUUCUAUGCAAAGAUUGCCACAAGGAGUCAACGGUGAAAUUUCACGUAGUUGGAUUAAAGUGUACUCACUGUGGUGCAUACAAUACCUGUCGGACGAAGACGAAAAGCAUAAACGGAUGUAAUAGUAAUACCGGUAGCAGCAGUACGAGCGGAGGUAGCAGUGCGGCAAGUAGCACAGCACCUACGAACACUUCCGAGACGACUUCAUGGAUAAGGAUGGUUCCACUGUCGAUGGUAGAGUCGGAUGAUAGCGCCAUCGAUGACAUCGCCAUUGACGACAGUGAAGAUGAACGACUCGUUGAUCGGCUUGAGACGUAUCUACACCACGUAUCGCACGGUGACGAUGACGGUGCAAGCACAUCGGCCGCAUCGUCUUCUUCCUCCUCAAACUCUUCGUCUUCCGCUCCGUCCUCCUCGACGAUGGUGAGUACCGCGGCAUCGGUUGGCGUUGGGCAGCAGCAGCUUCGUGGAGCGCGUCUAACGAACGGUACCAGCAGCAGAAGUGACGCGAGCAGCUCAUCCAGCUCUGGUGCGUCUUGUCCGAAUGGCGGCCAGGCGAGUAGUAGUAACAGUAGUAAUAGUAGUAGCAAUACUAAUAGCACCAAUAUCAAUGGCACAGUGGCCGUUGUGAGAAGAAACAAUGGACGGACGGAUGUAGCAGGCUCCUCGUCCUCGUCCGCUGCGCACGACGACGAGGGUUCCUCGUUCGAUGAUAGCAAAAGUAACGAUAAUGGCGGUGCAGCUCCAAUCUGA